ACAUUCUUUACGGUCAAUUGACCUCACGUUCUUUUCAAACCACUUUCAUUUACCACUUCCGCUGUGCGGUUACUGUCUCUAGUCAGACUAUUUAGCACCAAUCGACACACAACUUUGUCACCAAACUUGAUUCAAGAUGCAAUACACAAGCACUAUCCUCGCCACCUCGGCAGCUCUCAUCACCUCCGUCUCGGCUCACGGCUUCCUCACUUCUCCCCAACCUCGCAUGCCCGGUUCUGCCAUGGAAGCCGCCUGUGGAACUCAAGUCUACGACAACCAAGCGUCAGACAACUAUGGCAACAUCCAAGGCGAGCUCCAAGUCGCAGCCUCUCAAACGGACUACAAUGCUGCCGAGUGUGACAUCUGGCUCUGCAAAGGCUACAAAUAUGCCGACAACACCGAUAACGUCCAGUCAUGGACAGCGGGCCAGGUCGUUGAUAUGACCUUUGACAUUCGCGCCCCUCACACGGGUUAUGCGAAUGUCUCGAUUGUCAACACGGCCACAAAUACAAUCAUCGGGGAUAUGUUGCUGUACUAUUCGGAUUUCGCGGAUAAUGCGAAGACCAUUCCUGCAAAUGAGACUAGCUUCUCAAUCACGGUCCCGAAUGACUUGGGAGAUACUUGCUCGACAGCGGGAGCCUGUGUGCUGCAGCAUUACUGGAAUGCAGAGUCUAUCGAUCAGACUUACGAGUCUUGCAUUGACUUCACUGUUGGUGGAUCUGGUUCCAGCUCUGUGAGCUCCAGUUCACCCGUGGUCGCGAGCUCGACUAGUGCCAGUUCUUCGGUCUUGGCCAGCACUUCAGCACAAGUUGUAUCAAGCACGCCUGCUGCCGUGGUCACUUCAUCCAGCACCCGUGUCUCGCCGAGUACGCUGCAGACUGUCGUGAAGUCUUCCUCUGUUGUUGCCAGCCCGACCUCCAGUGCGGCUGUUCCUACUGAGACUCCUGACGAUGACGAUGAGUGCUAGCAGUCGAUCUCUGAUUGAUUAAGAA